AUGGUCUUUCCCGGUGAACGCUUCGUCAUCAAUCUGGACGACGACAAUGAACUAGCUCCAAACAUCCCUUCCUUCGAUGAUACAGCCUCUCCGUCGUCCCUCAUCGGCGAGAUCCAAGAACGUGCUCCAACCGCCGCUGCUCCUCCGGCGCCUAAGCCCCCGACCGGGACAGGGUUUCCUGAACAUAAGAAACGGUUUCAGCGGUCGGCUUUCAAGCAGCGCAGGGCGGAUAAGCAGCAGCAGCAGCAGGAACAGCAAGGACAAGGUCUCGCCACGCCUGUCAGCGAUGAUAAAAAGGCUAUCGAUGAGGAGAACCGUCGUCAGCUGGCGUCCAUGUCGGAUGCACAGAUACAACAGGAACGAGAAGAAUUAAUGUCUUCCAUCGACCCUGGUCUACUCGAGCGAUUCCUUCGCAGAGCCAAAAUUGACGACCCAGAGCCGCAACCCAAGCAAAAACCCGAAUCCUCCACAAAACCAACCAAAUCCGUAUCCUUCGAGGUCCCAGAACCCGAACCCCAAACAAAACAACCCUCACCACCAAAACCAGAACCGCAACUAUCACAACAAACACAACCCCCGAUCAACGAAGACCUCCCACCGCCGACACCCCCCUCCGACCUCCAUCCAGCCUCCGAACUCCCCCCCUCCUUCCACUUCCCAACACCACCCUCAUCCUCCUCAUCUGCCACCUUACCACCACUCGAUCCCUCUUCCCCGUCUUUUCUCUCCGACCUUCAAACGCACUACUUCCCAAACACCCCCCACGACCCCUCCUCCCUCACCUGGCUGCAGCCCGAGCCCUCCGCCGAAGAAGCAGGCAUAGAUACCUCCAGAACAUCGCCCUACGACCCUGAAAGUACCGCAGAAGCAAUCCAUCCUGCUGCGAUUCGGUUCUCGCUUACGGGUACUAUACUUGCGCCAUCGACUUCUUUGUCCCUUCCGACGACGCUGGGUCUGCAUCAUCACGGGAACGAUCCGCAGGCGGCGGGGUAUACGAUUCCUGAGUUGACUAUUUUGGGACGGUCGUCGUUCCCUGCGCAGCGGUGUGUCGCGUGGCAGGUUCUAGGCCGGAUAUUGUACAGACUGGGACGCGGGGAGUUUGGUGAGAGGGGGAGUCCGCUCGUUGAGGGGCUUUGGGAGGUUGUUGAGAAGGAGGGCGCUGUUUCAAUCAUGCUGGCUGAGGCGGAUGGUUUGAAUACAAAUACAAAUGAGGGUGAUGAUCGUAAGGUGCCGCUCAAAGGGGCUGGUAUUGGAAGACAUGCUAGUGCUACUGCUUGGGCUGUGGAAGGUGUUUGGCUCUGGCAGAAGAGUGGUGGUGGUGAUCGGGGAGUUUUGAAGGAGGGCACUAUUCGGCCGCGUUGA